CGCCAUGGCGGGAGGGCGCGGGGUGCUGCUGGUCUCCUUGGGCCUCCUCCUGCUGGCGGGCCCCGGGGCCUGGUCGGCGCGGAGCCGCAGCGCCGACAAGCAGAACAGCCUCCGGCGGGCGGCCAGCGGCGUCUACCAGGGCGUGAGCGGCCUCUUCGGCGAGGAGAACGUGCGCGCCCUGCAGAAGUUUUUCUCCAGGCUGACCGAGCGAUUCGUAUAUGGUGUGGAUGUUCUAGUGGAUACGUUCUGGAGAAUAUGGACGGAUCUUCUGGAUGUCCUUGGGAUUGAUGGUUCCAACUUGACCCACUAUUUCAGCCCCGGAGCCCUUGCCAACAGCCCGGCUCGCGCGCUGUUGCUGAUCGGCGCCGUCUUGCUCGCUUAUUGGUUUGUGUCUCUCCUCCUCGGGUUCUUCUUCUAUGUCUUGCAUGUGCUUUGUGGCCGGUUCUUCUGGAUCGUGAGGGUUGCCCUCUUUGCGCUUUCCUGCGUGUACAUCCUCCAGAAGUACGAAGGGGAGCCCGAACAUGCCGUCCUUCCCCUGUGCUUUGUCGUGGCUGUCUAUUUCAUGACUGGGCCGGUUGGCUUCUACUGGAGGAGGAAUAGCCACAGCACCCUUGAAGAGAAGAUCGACCACCUUGACAGCCAGAUCAGACUCCUGAAUAUACGGCUUUCUAGGGUGAUCGAAAACAUGGACAGAGGCAGUGACCAAUGAAAUACGAUUUAGUUCACCUUUGACACCAGCUCACUUAGGAAAUCGCUAAGCACUGUCUCUAGUUCAUGAAAAGUUAGCCAAGCAACAAACCAACACUGGGGUAAAACAAUGUGUAACGUUAUAAGCCGUUCAAUGUUAAGAGUAGUUUAUCUAGACAAUAUACUGAAAGAAAGAAAGAAAAAAUUACACUUGUAAGAUAAUCUUUAGCUGUAUAUUCAGAGGUUUUCCUCCAUGAGUAGAAUUUUAUCCGCUUACUUUUUUCCAAGCAUUUAAAACAUCUUUUGUAAAACGUUUUUAUAAAGGCAUAUUGAGUAGUCUAUUUAAAAUUACUAACAAUACAACUUAAGCUUUAUGCGGAUUUGACAUUUUAAAAGAAGGAAGAAAGCGUCAAAUAAUUCUACCAAAUGCUUCUGCUGAGAAAUGUUGGUUGUGGGGACGGGGUGUGUGUGUGUGGUCAGCUUCUCAUCUUAUUUUUAUUUUAUUUUGCUUUCACUGGAUGACUUACUUUCAUUGCCUCAAGUUGCCUUUUCGCAUAAUUGCAAAGGAAGGUAUUUGUUCUAACUGGAUCAGAAGAUCACAGACUGGCUUUUAAUGGCAAGGCAGAACAAGUGCCAAUUUAAGCCCCUAAGAAGUAUUUCUUGCUUGUCUUUCCUUAGCUAGUCAUAUUGGAGAUCGGCAGCCCUGAUGGAGUUUUGGUGAGGGGGUUCCAUGAACUUGCCCUUUCUAUAAGAGUUUCCCCCAUUCACUCCUGUGGAGAGAGUAGCCCUACGUGCAUACGCACACAAAAAAGGAUGCAUUCUUGCUUCACGGUAAUGAAUUAGGGAAUCCACUCACUCAGGAGCGCUGUUACCAAUAAGUCAAGUGCAGAUCACUAGAAUAGGUCCUGCAAAAGCCCUCUCACCACAAAAGCAUUGCUGUGUUCUAUUAAAUCCCACCCAUUUUAACAGCACUUAAACAGGAGGCUUUGAGCAACAAAAUUAGAUCCAGGGUUGUUGUUUUAAAAAAAAAAAUUGCUGGAAAGGAUGGGACAGGCAGGGCAAGGCAAUGCAGAGUUGGUCUUUGCAAUAAAAUAUUUUCCGAGCAGAAUUAAUUUUAAAUACACAUUGUGCAUUGUUUUUAAAGAAAAGGAGAGAGGGGAAAACCCCGCCCCCCCCCCCCACCUCAGAACCCUAGCAGCUUCGUUUUAAAAAAGGCAGGAGAUCAAAUAACAUUGCUAAAAUGUUGGCUGCUGAAAUCUUUCUCAGGACCAAUAAGCGGCAAUAAAUUAAGUAAAAUUAUGAAGCGUACCUUCAGGAAGAUCCGAUGCUUUUCCUCCCACUUAACGUCGGUGUCAUCUCCACAGUGGGUGUCCAGGGAGGACAAUCGUGUUGAAUCUGCCAAGGUAGGCAGAAAACCCACCUUGAGGGAUCAGCAGUAAUGCUUUGCCAGAAUAGUGAUUUGAGUUUCAUGCUGUGAAAGGUGCCCGUUAAACAGUGAUGAGGCAAGGCGAAGUUUUCUACCUAGUAUUAAUCUUCUGUUGCCUCGGAACCAAGUCCCUCCUAAGCUCUUGUUGCACUUAAUUGUUUUUAAAAUCAUGUUCAAGAGCAUGCUCUUCCUUGCGAAGACUGGAAAAAAAUCAACGGAACCUAGAAAUGCUCAGUUGAGUCCUGUCUGCUAGUAGCCGUGGGACUGGGCAGGAUGAAACCAUAGCUAUUUUUAAUGAGCUGUAAUUUUUAAUUUUUAAAAAGAAACUUGCUCAUUAUGUUAACAAUGACUUUUCAGAUUUUAAGAAACCAAAACCGCCAGGCAGUAGGUAUCCUUAUUUAAAAAGUGUGUUUCAGCAUUCAUUGCAAGUUGGCUUAUAGGCAAUGUGUGUCUUUCUCUUCCCGCCUUCUGCUGCCAGCUUGGCUCUGGAUUUAGUAUCAUUGAUCUAAAAUGGAACUACUUCCUGAAUAGCUGUACAGAGGUCUCCAACUAUCCUCUGCAAACAAAUCCUCCAAUCACUGUUGGGGCGGGGGGACAAGUGAACCACUGGAUUCCUUUUUAGUUGAGAAGACAAAUGUAAAACCUACCCCUAUUGCUCAAAAUCAGCUCAUCAUGGUGGGUUACGGAGGAAGAAUGUAUAUAUUUUUAUACACAAACAUUUCACUGUAUAAGGUUAUUGUUGAGAGAAAUAUUGAUGUAAAUUUCGCACACUACGCUUGGACAGUAUAUGUAAAAUCGGCUAACCUGGCGUGUGUUUCCCAGUUCUCUUCCCCCUUCUUCGUUUAUGUAUGGUCUGUUUUUAAGAUUAGACAGGAGCACAAACUAUUGUCCAAUGUACUUGAAAAACGUUCUGAUCAUUGCCACAUACAGUAAUGCAGCUAUUAUGCUUUUGAAGGUAAACGUGAUGUUGAAUUAUUAUUAUUUUCUGAAGUUCUAUAAAAUGCUAGCACUGUGUUUCCUAUAGUUGGCUCCUCUGUUCUGUUUUUCAUAGCCUCAUCCUAAGGGGACCAGUCAGACUUCUCUGUUUUUGUACUGCUGCUAUAUUUUGAGUGUCGAGCCACUUUACAGAGAAGAGGACACCUUUAUCCCUGUUUUAACUGAGAGACGAGAACUUAAGUGACACAAUUACAGAGGUAGUGAUCUUUAGGAAUGCUUUGGUAUUGCUGCCUGCUGUGAUUUCUCUUCACAGACUGUGGUUGGAAUUGCACAGGGGUUUUCCCCCUCUUCAAGAUGGCUAUUUGCAUUCUUCUCAAUGGAGUUUGUCACAACUGAACCCAUUUUGGUCAAAAUUCCAGACAGCCAAGGCCAUAUUAGUUCACAGUGGGCAAGUGUUAGGUGUACAAUUCCUGAUCUCUUAACUAUAGUUAGGAAGCUCACAUUCUUGAAUGUUCUGCCUUCGUGGCUGCAGUGUUCUUCAUCUCCAUUGGCGCCAAUGUUGGUUCCUGCUAACUAGCUUUGUCCUCGUAACCAUGUUUCCAAGGCAGCCUGGUUUGCAUUAUGGUUAGCACCAAUUGAGAGACUAUGCUACAUGAUGGUUAAAGAAAACCAUGGAAGGGAGUGAAGAACACAUGCCCCAGAGAGGAGGAUGUGUGCAGGCCCCACCCUCUGUAUCUUCUUUCCAUGGUUAGAUUGGCCCAGGGUUGGUGUAUGUUGAGUUUUGUGCAAAAAAACAUUGUGCAUGUCUACCCUUCGAUUAUCUUUUUGAUGAAUAAGCCAUCUUCAAUUUCUCACCAACUGAAAACUGCUUCUUGACGGAACCAGAUGCUUCAUCUUGCCAGUGAUUCAGAGGCAAUCACAAUGUGGCAGCUUAAGUUUUUUUUGUUUUUUUUUAAAGUAAUUCCUUGAAAGAGCACCUCCUCUUGCCUUUACCUAAGAUCAGACUGCCCUUCAGUAUCUCCCAUCAGUACAAACGUCGUAGAAGCAUCAACCCAUGUCUCAAUUUUGUUGACAAACAGAACAGAGUUGCUAUAUUCUGAAUGUAAUGCUUUUAAAGGAGUGAUGAUACUGGAUGUUGAAGUACUGUGUACCAAGCCUGCUGUAGCUUAAUGCCAUAUUUUGUCCUCUUCGGUGUAAAUCAGCUUUUUAAAAGCUUGUUUGCGGAGUUAAUGUGGAUGGUUCCUUUGUUUCUGCUGUAGCUUUUUAUGAUGAAGGUAAAUUCUGUUUCCUGUCACUCAAGAGCCAUCCCAAUAAUCUGUAUUUGGCAGCUAAUGAUCUAUCUCGAUCAUUCGACUUUUUUUAUUAUUUUUUUGAGAAAUCCUGAAGUUCUUCUGUGUUCUGCAUGUGAAUUUAAACUUCUUGGGUGAUUCCAUUGAACUGUGAUGCCAAGUGCCAUGUUUAGAAAUCUGUCCUUUUUUCUGUUGUAAAGCAGAAGAAAUGUAUUGAGCGUAACACUGUUUAUCUGCACUGAAUAUAGUGACUUCGUAUCCUAUUUGGACAUCUGAACUCAAGUAUUAGGUAGUUUUUAAAAAAUAUAUAUAUAUAAACCAAAAUUAUGUGUUCUGUUUAAAAAAAUGAUUUUGGUCAGAAGAAAAUGUAUCAUUUUAAUCUAUGAUCUUUAGAGAAAUAUUAUGUUCUACUGAUGAUGAUGUUGAGUAGCCAUGAAGAUCUCAAAAGCUAUUUUUUAAACUCAGCUAUUCGUGUCUUUAUUUAUUAUCUGACCGCCAGAUCGAUGUACUACUAUUCAGUGGAUUGUUUGUAGACUGAUUUCACAACUGAAUUAUGGUGUUGUGACCAAUUAAAGCUUAAAUGUUUACUGUAA